AUGAAGGCUCUCCUAGCCCUAGGGUUGCUCUUGCUUUCUGUCACUGUUGACGCGAAGGUCUAUACACGCUGCGCGUUUGCCAAACUUCUGAAACAACAUGGAAUGGAUGGCUACGAGGGAGUCAGCCUGGCAGACUGGGUGUGUUUGGCUCAGCAUGAGAGCAAUUUUAACACAAAGGCUACAAACUACAACUCUGGAGGCCAAAGCACCGACUACGGGAUAUUUCAGAUCAAUAGCAGAUACUGGUGCAGUGAUGGCAAAACCCCGAAAGCAGUGAACGCCUGUGGGAUAUCCUGCAGCGCUUUGCUCCAGGAUGACAUCACUCAAGCCAUCAACUGUGCAAAGAGGGUUGUGAGGGACCCACAAGGUGUUAAAGCAUGGGUGGCAUGGAGAACCCACUGUCAAAACCAAGAUCUCUCCAAGUAUGUCAAGGACUGUGGAGUCUAA